CUGUAAGAACCUGACAGAGACAAACUUCCCCUUUAAGAGUCUGUCCCUUUAAAAAACUUCACCUGGACACACCUGAACUUCCGCUACGGGACUUUCAUUUCAAUAGAGGAAAAACAAUCCUGAAAAGAAAAUAUCCUGCGUUGAAAUCUGGAAUUUCUGUAUUCAGGACGAGGGACAAUGGACACGGGCCCUCCUGAACCAGCAGUGGUGCUCCAAACCCCUGAAUGGGUAGCAGAUGUGGACAAGUUAACAAAGGAUGUGAACAGCAAUGAGGUGAAGGAGGAGGAAGAGGAAAUGAUCAAGUCUGCAAAUAUGGAAUCCAGUACCCUACCAUGGACUGAGAAUAAACCUGAACCACAGAUUCUGCCAGUCCAGGAUGGAGAGAGCACAAGCAUGAGAUCAGAUUGCAUCUCGCUCCGGGGCGGAGUGAGUCGGACUGAGAGUGAGAGGGAGGAGUUUGGGAUGGGAGAGAAGAGGAAGACAGGUGAAGAAUGGAGAGAAAUGAAGAUGGGGAAAGAGAGCAUUUCUGACUUUGAGCUGAGAAAUGGAGUGAAAAGCACCUUUUCAGAAAUAGAGGUGGAGGAGAUGAACAUAAUGCCAGAGAACGCAGCCCGAGUCUUCAGCCCCAGCGUCACCAUCCUGCGCUCCACCAGCCAGCAGGAGGAUGCAAACCAGUGGAGAGAUGAUGAAGAACAGAGAAGCCCCUUCCUCGGGACGCAUGGGACACAUGGAACACCACUAGAAGACUAUUACCACGACUGGCCAAUCACAUCCAAACCACGGUGCUGUGACUUUGGUGGAUCUAGUCGUGAUGCUCUUAAACUGGGUGCGUCCAUGUUCACGUCAGCUUUGAUCUUCCCCUUGUUGGUGUGGGGAGGGUACGUCUUCCUGCCCUUUGAUGCCCCUCUGCUUGACAGUGCCCCCCUAAGGCUGGUCUACACACUGCGCUGCUCUGUUUUUGCGGUCAUACCUAUUGUCCUUGGUAUGUUGGUACUAGGUGUGUCUCGUCUGUGGUAUCGUUCCUUGAAGCCACGGUUUGAGGGGGAGAGAGAAGUUAAGCAGGUGGCAGUUCACCAGCGCUAUGUGGAGGAUUCUGUCUCCCUCUUCCUCCUUUACUUCCUCCAACUGGCUGUCAUGGCUGCUUACCUGAAUCAGGAUCUGCUGAAACUAAUUCCUCUUCUCACCAUCGUCUUUGCCUUUGGCAGGCUGCUGUACUGGGUUGCAGCAUCGUGUGGCAGCAGUUUGAGAGGUGUUGGCUUUGGGUUCUCGUUUCUGCCGAUGCUGGCUAUGCUGGUGGCCAACCUCUACUUCAUCUUCCUUUCCGACUCCGCAGGCUCCAUUUUCGCCCCGGACAUCCCAGAGUCACCUGUUCCUCAAACCAAACAGAGGUUCUGGGGCUAAACAAACAACAUCUGGCACCUCUGCUACUGCCAAAUGUAGACCAGAUCUCUGUAGGCUUAGAGCCAACUUAAAUUGGACUACAAGACUUUUGUGUCAGAGAAUGUUUAAUCAAACUGUGAUUUCAUUUUUCACUCCUAUUCUUUGCUUUCCUGAUUACUUCUAUAUCAUGACAGGAGAGUCAAACUCGCCAGAACUCCAGUCAAGGGAGAGAGAGGAGGGGUGGAACGAAGGAGGGAAUCUGUUUUGGUUUUGUUUUUUGUUCUAGAACUAACUUUUAAAUAGAAGUUGUGUAGUGAAACUUUAAACGCUAAACCUCGAAUUAAAAUGAACUACCCUUUAGUACAGCCAAACAUGAACAAGCAGGUGUAGAAUAAGCUUCUUCAUCAAUCUCAAGAGCUCCACAUGGUUCAAACUCAUCUAUUUUAAGAUGUGAAUGUCAACAAGAAGACAACAAAAUUCCAAAUAUUUAUUCCACAAGUAUGUGUUUUUUUUUUUUUAAGUUGGUUAGGCAUUGUUUGCUUAUUCAAGUCUAAAAUAUUGUGUGGUGUGUGAAGUUAGUGGCUUGCCCAAACUUGUAAUUUUCCACAGCCACUCCUUUAUCUCCCUUUACUAAUUUAAGGGCAGUGUGAUGUUUACUUUGUGCAAAGUGUAGACAUGCAUUUUUAACAGAUUUGUAAAAAGGUAUAGAAAGUUCUAACUAUAGUUAUCUCUGUAAAGAGCUUGUUAUUAAAUGGUUAUAAUUAAAUCAAAGCUGCAAUGACAUUAAAAAACCUGUUUAGCGCAAAUGACUGUAUUAAGCUGGAAGUAUUUCCUGUUAUAUUUUCAUAAAGAUUUUUUUAAACAGAA